AUGAAUCUUAAAAAUAUUAUUUUGACAUUAUCUUCUAAGUUAAUUUAUCUUAAGCUUUUAGCUAUACAUCAUAACAUUAUUGAAGAAAUCAAGAAAAAUUCAGAAUCUUUGAAUUUAACCAAACUGAUCAAUCUGAAUAAAAGUGAUUUAAAUCAAUCAGGUGCUUCAGCAUCUAAUCAUAGAUCUUUGAAGAGUGUUAGAACAGGAAAGGUAAGUGAAAUUGCUAGAGAUCUUCUAGGAAUUGGUGAUUUAGAACUUGCAGAUAUUAAUCAAAACAUGUCUGAAGAUUAUUACAAAGUAUUGAAUAGACUUGAUGAAGAGGAAAAUGCUUUAAUAAUUGUGAAAAAGGAAAAGGAAAUAAAAAUAAAGGGUGCAGUACAUGUAAUUCAAGGAAAACAUACAGCAUCAAACCUAGUACAAAUAUUACAAGUAUC